AUGUUUGCGGUGCAUUUGCUGGCAUUUUACUUCACCAAGCUGAAAGAGGAUCAGAUCAAGAAGGUGGACCGAUUCCUGUAUCAUAUGCGGCUCUCUGAUGAGACCCUUCUGGACAUCAUGGCCCGGUUCCAGGUUGAGAUGGAGAAGGGCCUGGGGAAGGACACCAACCCCACGGCCUCGGUGAAGAUGCUGCCCACCUUUGUCAGGGCCAUUCCAGAYGGCUCAGAAAAUGGGGAAUUCCUUUCCCUGGAUCUUGGAGGAUCCAAGUUUCGAGUCUUGAAGGUGCAAGUCUCUGAGGAAGGGAAACGAAAUGUCCAGAUGGAGAGUCAGUUCUACCCAAUGCCCAAUGAAAUCAUCCGGGGAAAUGGCUCAGAGCUGUUUGACUACGUGGCUGACUGCCUGGCAGAUUUCAUGAAGACCAAAGACUUGCAGCAUAAGAAACUGCCCCUUGGCUUUACUUUUUCUUUUCCCUGCAAACAGACUAAGUUGGAAGAGGGUGUCCUGCUUUCAUGGACCAAGAAGUUCAAGGCACGGGGYGUUCAGGACACGGACGUAGUGAGCCGCCUGACCAGAGCCAUGAAAAAACACAAGGACCUGGAUGUGGAUAUCCUGGCCUUGGUCAAUGACACCGUGGGGACCAUGAUGACAUGUGCCUACGAUGAUCCCUACUGUGAAGUCGGUGUGAUCAUUGGAACUGGCACCAACGCAUGUUACAUGGAGGACAUGAGCAACAUUGACCUUGUGGAAGGCGACGAGGGGAGGAUGUGCAUCAACACAGAGUGGGGGGCCUUCGGGGACGAUGGGGCCUUGGAGGACAUCCGCACCGAGUUUGACAGGGAGCUGGACCUUGGCUCGCUCAACCCGGGGAAACAACUGUUUGAGAAGAUGAUCAGUGGCUUGUACCUGGGGGAGCUUGUCAGRCUCAUCUUGCUGAAGAUGGCUAAGGCUGGCCUCCUGUUUGGUGGUGUGAAAUCCUCUGCUCUCCACACUAAGGGCAAGAUCGAGACACAACACGUGGCUGCCAUGGAGAAGUACAAAGAAGGCCUUGCUAAUACAAGAGAGAUCCUGGUGGAUCUGGGCCUGGAGCCCUCUGAGGCCGACUGCAUUGCUGUCCAGCAUGUCUGCACCAUCGUCUCCUUCCGUUCCGCCAACCUCUGUGCAGCAGCGUUGGCGGCCAUCCUGACGCGCCUCCGGGAGAACAAGAAGCUGGCGAGGCUCCGGACCACGGUGGGCAUGGAUGGCACACUCUACAAGAUACACCCCCAGUACCCCAAACGCCUGCACAAGGUGGUGAGGAGACUGGUCCCAAACUGUGAUGUCCGCUUCCUCCUGUCAGAGAGUGGCAGCACCAAGGGGGCCGCCAUGGUGACGGCGGUGGCUUCCCGUGUGCAGGCCCAGAGGAAACAGAUUGAUGAGGUGCUGGCCUUGUUCCAGCUGACCCCRGAGCAGCUGGUGGGCGUGCAGCACAAGAUGCGGACUGAGUUCGAGUACGGGCUGAAGAGGAAGACGCAGGCGCUGGCCACAGUCAAGAUGCUGCCCACCUACGUCUGCGGGAUGCCCGACGGCACAGAGAAAGGAAAGUUCCUGGCCCUGGAUUUAGGGGGGACUAACUUCCGGGUCCUCCUGGUGAAGAUCAGAAGUGGACGGAGGUCAGUGCGGAUGUACAACAAGAUCUUUGCCAUCCCCCUGGAGAUCAUGCAGGGCACUGGCGAGGAGCUGUUCGACCACAUCGUGCAGUGCAUCGCCGACUUCCUGGACUACAUGGGCCUCAAGGGAGCCCGGCUGCCUUUGGGCUUCACCUUCUCCUUUCCCUGCAGGCAAAUGAGCAUUGACAAGGGAACACUCAUAGGGUGGACCAAAGGCUUCAAGGCCACCGACUGUGAAGGGGAGGAUGUGGUGGACAUGCUCAGAGAAGCCAUCAAGAGGAGAAAUGAGUUCGACCUGGACAUAGUUGCGGUUGUGAAUGACACAGUGGGGACCAUGAUGACCUGUGGCUAUGAAGAUCCUAACUGUGAGAUUGGCUUGAUUGCAGGGACAGGAAGCAACAUGUGCUACAUGGAGGAGUUGCGGAACAUCGAGCUGGUGGACGGGGAUGAGGGCAAGAUGUGUAUCAACACAGAGUGGGGAGGAUUUGGAGACAAUGGCUGCAUAGAUGAMAUCCGGACCCAGUACGACAAGGAGGUGGAUGAGGGGUCCUUGAAUCCUGGCAAACAGAGAUAUGAGAAAAUGACCAGUGGCAUGUACCUGGGGGAGAUCGUGCGGCAGAUCCUGAUUGACCUGACCAAACAGGGUCUCCUCUUCCGAGGGCAGAUUUCAGAGCGACUCCGGACCAGGGGCAUCUUUGAAACCAAGUUCCUGUCCCAGAUUGAAAGUGACCGGCUGGCCCUCCUCCAGGUCCGGAGGAUCCUGCAGCAGCUGGGCCUGGACAGCACAUGUGAGGACAGCAUCGUGGUGAAGGAGGUGUGUGGAGCCGUGUCCCGCAGGGCGGCCCAGCUCUGUGGCGCAGGCCUGGCUGCCAUCGUGGAAAAGAGGAGAGAAGACCAGGGGCUGGAGCACCUGAAGAUCACCGUGGGCGUGGACGGCACCCUGUACAAGCUGCACCCUCACUUUUCCCGGGUGCUGCAGGAAACAGUGAGAGCACUAGCCCCCCAGAGUGACGUGGCGUUCAUGCUGUCAGAAGACGGCAGUGGAAAGGGAGCAGCUCUCAUCACUGCGGUGGCCAAGAGGACACAGCAGUCACAGAAGGAGAACUAGGAGUCCCCAAGGUCGGGCCUGACACACCUYGGAUACUCACCAGCCCUUCCUCUGGCAGAUGAGUGGGUCAGGGACCAGAAGGCCACCUCCCGACGGACUUCACCUUCUUGGUGGCUGAAAGAGGACCCAGGUUCUCGGGUACUCUUAGCAUCUUGUUACUGGUUUUGCAGUGGCAUUAUAUGACAUCUCCAUUCGGUAUAUGUUAGGGCCAACAAGAGCCCAAAUUGUGAAAUCGAAGUCUCUGGCCUGAGAGAUCCGCUUUC